CUUUCGCUCAUUUUGUCUCCUGUUCAUACGCAUUCAACAGCCAGCAUCUAACGCAGCAUGCCAUUCGUCCAUGUCCUCCCCACUGCUGUUGCACUCGCAUCUGGUGGGCUGCUGUCAGCUAUCCUUCUACUUCUAUCUCGUCCUCGAAUAGGUCGAAUUCGCUUACAAACAUCAAGUGAAGCAUCCCUCAAUGACCAGCUACAUGACAGUGGAACAGAGUCGGAGACUGUAGUAGAGCCGUUGGAAGGGAAGGAGGACCUGUUCAUGGUUGCAAAACCGGAGGAUCUGUUUGACGGCACACCGGUGGAUGAAGAUGCGUUUUGGCAGCAGACAAGGCUGCGCAAGAUCGCUCUCACGGUUACCCUCGCCCUCCUUGUUGCCUGCGAGGCUAUCACUGUCGGCAUACUGGCUGCUUCAACCAGCUCGCCAAACCCUAUCGUUGCAUCAGCACUCCGUCUUGCCCUCGCCAUCUACCUGCUACUGUUCGCCGCAUACAGCAUCACCGACUCCGAGGUGCGCGCGCAUUGGGCAGGACUUAUCCACCUAUCCGCGCUCACUGCGGCCGCAGUGCUGCUGCUGGGCGUGAGCGCUCUCUUGCCAGAUGAUGCAGUACUUGCCGAGGUCUUAGCCGCCGCUCCUGAUCUCGCCUCGGCCAUCCCUCCACUCCAGUACACAGUCCUCGGGUUGUACCUGAUCUUCUUGUCACUGGUCUCUACCAUUCCCCGUGGUCCCCCUCUCCACUUUCCCCCCUCGCACGUGUAUAGCGCCAAAACGCUCGCAACCUCCGCACCCACAUCAAAAGAAAAUGUCUGCGGCAUCGUACAGACCUCCGUCGCGGGUUUCCUCCUAUUCAGCUAUACCACACCUGUGGUCAUGCUUGGGUACACUUCCGAGAGCCUGGAGAUUCGGGAUCUGCCUAUCGUACCCGCUGACAUGCGCGCUACAACGAUCUACACCAUCAUGCGCCGUGCUAUGCAAACAAUACGUCUUCGCCGCCUACCCUUGUUUGGCUCGUGGAAGCCGACCCCAGGAAGUGGAUGGGAGCUGAUGUACCGCAUCAUGCGCGUCAAUGCCACCGCGUUUACAAUCCAAAUCGUGCUCGCUAGCGUGAGCGCAGUGCUAUACUACGCACCGGCGCUCUUCUUAAGACAAUUGAUUGGAUAUUUGGAGAUGGAUCCGGAGAGAGAGGACCCAAGAUGGGGGUGGGUGUAUGCGCUUGGACUGUUCUUAAGCAAUUCGAUAAACUUCUUGAUCACUGGCCAACUGUGGGGCAUCUCCACGACCACGCUUCAGACGCGCCUUCGCGUGCAGCUCAAUACGAGUCUCUUCGCCAAAACGCUUGUUCGGAAAGAUGUGGCCUCGUCCUCGUCCUCUUCGCCCGUCUCUGAAGGCGCCACCCCCGCCGCGUCCGAUGCAGGCAGCACGAAGGAUGGAAAGGACGACAAGGACAAGAAGGAGAAGGAAAAGGAUGGAGAAGAGGCCGAAUUCUCCUCCAAGGCGCAGGUCGUGACCCUCAUGACGGUCGAUGUGGACCGCGUGUCCGAAUUCUCGUGGCAUUUCUUCUCGCUCAUCGACGCUCCUGUGGAAAUCGUUAUAGGGAGCGUCUUCCUGUACAACUUGUUGGGUGUGUCGAGCUUGCUAGGCCUGCUGGUGUCUAUCUUGUUCCUCCCUCUCUCCCAUAUGGCAUCCAAGAUAGUCGUGUAUGCGCAGGAUAACCUGAUGAAGGCCCGUGACGAGCGUGUCGCGUUGAUGAACGAGCUACUCGGUGCAAUACGAAUGGUCAAAUUUAUGGCGUGGGAGCGAGCAUCCGAAAAGCGCGUGCUCGCUGUCCGGGCGAAGGAACUUCGUUUCCAGCGUCUGAAUUAUAUCAUCGAGACCGCAUUCACAUUCAUCUGGCUCGCCUCUCCCGUCCUUGUAACCCUCGUAUCCUUUUGGCACUUCUCUGUCAUUCGUGGUCAAGUCCUCACACCCAGCAUCGCUUUCACCAGCGUCAGUGUGUUCAAUGAACUCCGUUUCGCCCUGUCGGCUUUGCCGGAGACCUUCAUCAACAUGAUGCAAUCCCUUGUCUCUGUACGGCGUAUCGAGAAGUAUCUCAGCAGUGCGGAGAUCCAACCACCAAUGUCCCUACAUAAGGAUGGCAACAUCGUGCUGAACAGCGCUACGAUCACCUGGCCACAAGAUCGGAACAUGGGCACGUCAGCGACGCCCAGUAUCGCACCUACACCGAGGGGCAAAUUCUCUCUCCUUGAUCUGACGUUGAGUUUCCCCGCGGGCGAACUGAGCUUGAUUUGCGGCAAGCUGGGCAGUGGAAAAACCCUUCUUCUUCUCGGGAUGCUCGGUGAAGCGGACCUUUUGGCCGGGCAGAUCGUUUGCCCUCGCACGCCGGCGAAUACUCUUGCACAAGCUUCUGAGCUCGGUAGCAUUCCGGACGAGGAAUGGAUUGUCCAGGGCGUCGUCGCGUACGUCCCGCAAUCCGCCUGGUUGCAGAACGCGAGCAUUAGAGACAACAUUCUCUUCAACUUGCCGUACAAUGAAGCACGUUAUCAGAAGACAUUACAUGUAUGCGCCCUUGAGGCGGAUCUAGAGAUAUUAGAGGAUGGCGAUAUGGCGGAGAUCGGUGAGAGGGGAGUCAAUUUGUCUGGGGGGCAAAAGGCGAGAAUUUCGCUUGCUAGGGCCGUUUACUCUAGGGCGGCAAUGUUAUUGCUGGAUGACGUGCUGAGUGCUGUCGAUGCCCACACCGCCCACCACCUGUUCAAAGAAUGCCUUAAAGGAGAACUCAUGCGUGGCCGCACGAUCAUCCUUGUUUCGCAUCAUGUUCAGCUUUGCCUCCCUGGGGCCUCUUACGUUGUAUCGCUUGAAAACGGUCGUCUUCUCUUCAGUGGCUCUCCGGAUGACUUCCGGUCUUCUGACAUAAUGGAGGGUUUGGAGAAGGCGAAUGUGGAGGAGGCCAAGAAGCAGGAAGUCGCUUUGAAGGAGGAGACAAUUGAGGAAGUUGCCGACGAGGUGGCGAAAGAAGAAAAAGAGAACGAGCCCGGGCCGCUAUUGGACUCGACUACAUCUACUGCUGUGCCAAACUCUCCAUCCAGCGAGAAUAAGAAGGUUGCGAAGAAAGGACCGCGUAAAGUCGUAGAAGAAGAACGUCGUGCUGUUGGCCGCAUCGGAAAGAAGAUCUGGCUGUUGUACGUUCAUGCUUGCGGCAAUUGGCUCUAUUGGACCCUCUUCGUUAUCGCUCUGCUUGUCAGCUCCGCCAUGCCGGUGGUGGAGAAUGCUUGGCUCCGGUAUUGGUCGGCGAACGGCAUGAAUCAGGAUGCAACUCAUUCUCCAAUAUUUUAUGUUGGUAUCUACGGUAUAUUGAGUCUUGCUGCUCUCAUCAUAAUGAGCGCACGGCUCCUUGUGGUCUAUGAGGGGUCUAUUCACGCGUCCACUGUCCUUUACAAGCGUCUUUUGGAAGCAGUGCUGUUUGCCAAGAUCCGGUUCCAUGAUACCGUCAGCCGGGGCCGUCUUCUCAACCGAUUCGGCAAGGAUUUUGAAGGUUUGGACUCGUCUCUAGCAGACAACUUCGGGCGAACACUUUUCUAUGGACUGAAUGUAGUGACCACAUUCAUCACGGUCUCUUACGUUGGCGGCGUUGGCUUCAUGGUGGCAGCAUGCUUCCUCGGCUUCCUGUAUUAUCAAGUUGCAAAGUUAUACGGCCAAACAGCUCGUGAUAUGCGUCGUCUUGAUUCGGUCACUAAGUCGCCAUUAUAUACCAUCUAUGGCGAUGCCAUCUCCGGUGUGGGGGUGCUGCGUGCUUUUGGUGCCUCCACUAAGAUCCUGCGUGAGAUGCUUCAACUGGUUGAUACCAAUACGAAUCCCUACUACUGGAUGUGGUCCGUCAACCGGUGGCUCUCUGCUCGAUUUAAUUUGCUUUCAGCUGCUGUCGUUGGUGUCACAGCUCUGGUCAUACUCCUCAAUCGCAACAUUGACGCCUCAUUCGCUGGUUUCGCGCUAGCUUUUGCGUCUAAUGUGAUGAAUGAUCUGUUGUUCAUGGUUCGCCGCUUCGUAGGGUUGGAACAGAGCAUGGUUGCGCUCGAGCGGGUGAACGAGUUCUCUGAGGUGGAUCAAGAACCUGCCGAGUUCGUCGAGUCCCGUCCCCCAGCAUCAUGGCCCGCCGAGGGCAACAUCGACGUCGAUAACCUGGUCGUUCGCUACGCUCCUGACCUUCCGAACGUGUUGCAUGGUCUGACUUUCUCUGUGGGAGCCAAGCAGAAGAUUGGCGUGUUGGGCAGGACUGGAUGUGGCAAGAGUACUCUAGCGCUUUCUUUCUUCCGCUUCGUCGAGCCAUAUGAAGGCAAGAUCGUGAUCGAUGGCAUCGACAUCACUAAGAUCGGCCUUACGGAUCUGCGAUCCAGGAUCACCAUCAUCCCGCAGGACCCUACUAUCUUCUCUGGCACUCUCAGGUCAACCCUCGACGUAUUUGAUGAGUAUGAGGAUCAAGAAAUCUUCGAGGCGUUGAGACGUGUGCAUCUCCUCCCUCCGGUUGACGAUGAGCCUUCAACGUCACGAGCAGGCAGUGAGAACGGAGAAAGUGAAGUGAAUGUCAAUGUCUUCAAGAACUUGGAGUCCAAUGUUGCAGAGGGAGGUGAGAAUUUCUCAGCUGGUGAGAAACAGCUCAUUUGUAUGGCUCGUGCAAUUUUGCGGCGUAGCAAGGUACUUCUGAUGGAUGAAGCUACAGCGAGUGUAGACUAUCAGACCGAUGAAUUGAUUGGCAAGACUAUCAGAGAUGAGUUUGCUGAUAGCACCAUCCUAACGAUUGCCCAUCGUCUAAGAACUGUUAUUGACUAUGACAAGGUCUUGGUGCUGGACCAGGGACGUAUUGCGGAGUUCGACGAGCCCGUGAACUUGCUUGCGAACCCAUCGUCGAUGUUCUAUGCAUUGUGCAAGAGCACGGGAAAGACCGAGUUUGAUGUGUUGAAAAAGAUGGCCGAGGAUGCUGCUGUCGCGCGGAGUGUGGAGGCUUAGAACCUCAUUUUGUCUAUUUUUUCAUGUCCAUAGUCCCCGUGGUUGGGAGGCCUUCUUGGAGCCAUCCACUUGGA